CAUCAGAGAGCCCAGAUGCCGGCCCACUUGCUGCAAGAGGAGAUCUCUAGCUCCUACACAACUACCACCACCAUCACAGCGCCUCCCUCCAGGAUUCUGCAGAAUGGAGGGUGCAAGUUGGAGAAGCCUUCCCCAUACUUGGAAGAAGACAUCCGCCCUGAAAUGAAAGAUGACAUCUACGACCCAAGCUACAAAGAUCCCGAGGGCCCAAGGCCCAAGCUUCAGUACGUUUGGAGAAACAUCAUCCUUAUGUCUCUGCUACACUUAGGAGCCCUCUAUGGGAUCAUAUUGGUUCCCACCUGCAAGGUCUACACCUGGAUCUGGGGGUUCUUCUACUAUGUGAUCAGCGCCCUGGGCAUAACAGCGGGAGCUCAUCGCCUAUGGAGUCACCGGACUUACAAAGCUCGGCUGCCCCUGCGGUUCUUCCUGAUCAUUGCCAACACGAUGGCAUUCCAGAAUGACGUGUUUGAAUGGGCCCGAGAUCACCGUGCUCACCACAAGUUUUCAGAAACAGAUGCUGAUCCUCACAAUUCCCGGCGUGGCUUUUUCUUCUCUCAUGUGGGUUGGCUGCUCGUACGCAAACACCCAGCCGUCAAAGAGAAGGGUGGUUUGCUAGACUUGUCUGACCUAAAAGCUGAGAAGCUGGUGAUGUUCCAGAGAAGGUACUACAAACCCGGCAUCCUGUUGAUGUGCUUCAUCCUGCCCACUCUUGUGCCCUGGUAUUUCUGGGGUGAAACUUUUAUACACAGCUUGUGCGUUGCCACUUUCUUGCGUUACGCCAUUGUGCUCAAUGCCACCUGGCUGGUGAACAGCGCUGCCCACCUCUACGGAUAUCGCCCUUAUGACACCACCAUUAGCCCCCGAGAGAAUAUCCUGGUUUCCCUGGGAGCUGUAGGGGAGGGCUUCCACAACUACCACCACUCCUUUCCCUAUGACUACUCUGCCAGUGAGUACCGCUGGCACAUCAACUUCACCACAUUCUUCAUCGACUGCAUGGCUUUCCUCGGCCUGGCUUACGACCGGAAGAAAGUAUCCAAGGCCGCCAUCCUGGCCAGGGUUAAAAGAACUGGAGACGGAAGCUACAAGAGUGGCUGA